AAGGAGCACGCCUCUGGAUGAGAGCAGAAGAAUGAACACUUGAAUGCAUGAUCUCAUUCACACAACUGAGACUGCACGAGCAGCACCGGACGCACCGGAGCUCGCGGGGACAAGCCGAAAAGUGCCAUUUUUGGAUCCAUUCUUUUCAUAUUGCGUGAUUCAUUUCCUUUACUUCAACAGACCCAAUGUUGGAUAUAUGUUAAGCCUGCGUGGAAUCCCACGACUAUCCAUAAGAAGGAAUGCAUCUUUUCCUCGUGAAACUAAUUCUUCUGAUAUCACUCAUUACUUGGACGCAAGGCCUGGAAUGUUCAGAAAAAUGCCUAAAUGGCGGUACGUGUGAACCUACUGCAGAAGGGAGAAGAGAAUGCAAGUGUCUGGAGAUGUUUGCCGGGUCAGCGUGCCAGUUCCGCAACCCUUGCUUCCAACAGCCAUGCAGAAAUGGAGGAGUGUGCAAUUUGAUUACUCAAGUCAACAAGGUGAACUUUGUCUGCCACUGCCACUUGGGCUACAUGGACCGACUGUGCCUCACUCCAACAGAUAAUGUGUGCCUUAGCAACCCGUGCCGAAAUGGAGGCACCUGUGAACUCACCAGCAUCCACAAUUACAAGUGUAAAUGCCCACCUGGCUGGUCAGGUAAAAACUGCCAGCAAGCUGAUCCUUGUGCCUCAAAUCCUUGUGCCAACGGCGGUCAGUGCAGUCCCUUUGAUUCAGACUAUAUCUGCCACUGCACGCCCUUCUUCUCAGGCCAGACUUGCAAACAAGACGUCAACGAGUGCGCUCAGAAUCCCUCGCCUUGCAAGAACGGUGGCGUGUGUGAGAAUGAGGUGGGCAGCUAUCGCUGCAACUGUCCUGCAGAGUACACAGGGAAACAUUGCGAGACCCUCUAUCAGCCUUGUAACCCCUCACCUUGCUUUCACGGGGGUACCUGCGUACAGAAGGGAGAGACGAGCUAUGAGUGCUCCUGUUUGCCAGGCUUUAGUGGUCAGAAUUGUGAGGAGAACAUUGAUGACUGCCUAGACCACCAUUGCCUGAAUAGAGGAACAUGUGUCGAUGGAGUCAACACUUACAAUUGCCAGUGCAAGCCAGAGUGGACAGGUCAGUUUUGUACUGAAGACGUCAAUGAGUGCGAUUUGAUGCCCAAUUCCUGUCAGAACGGUGGCACCUGCUUGAACACGCUGGGUGGAUAUCACUGUGUGUGUGUGAACGGCUGGACAGGGGAUGACUGCAGUGAGAACAUCGAUGACUGCGCAGAUGCUGCCUGCCACACAGGAGCCACAUGUCAUGAUCGGGUGGCCUCCUUCCUCUGCGAAUGCCCUCACGGUCGCACAGGUCUGCUGUGUCACUUGGACGAUGCUUGUAUUAGUAACCCCUGUCAGAAAGGCUCAAACUGUGAUACCAAUCCAGUCAACGGCAAGGCCAUCUGUACCUGUCCACUGGGUUAUGUUGGCCCAGCUUGUGAUCAAGAUGUUGAUGAAUGCUCGCUGGGUGCAAACCCUUGUGAACAUGCUGGAAAGUGUAUCAACACAAAAGGCUCCUUCCAGUGUAAAUGUCAGCAGGGAUAUGUGGGAGCUCGAUGUGAACUGGACAUAAAUGAGUGCAUGUCCAAUCCAUGCCAGAAUGAUGCUACAUGUUUGGAUCAAAUCGGAGGCUUCCACUGCAUUUGCAUGCCAGGCUACGAGGGAGUCUUCUGCCAGAUCAAUAACGAUGAGUGCGCCAGCAUGCCCUGCCUCAACAAUGGGAAGUGCAUCGACAAGAUCAACAACUACCAAUGCGAGUGCCCCACAGGAUUCUCUGGUAGCCAGUGCCAGUUCGACAUCGAUGAGUGUGCGAGCACCCCCUGUAAAAAUGGGGCCAAGUGUAUUGAUGGGCCUAACAAGUACACCUGCCAGUGCACUGAAGGAUACACUGGGCAGCACUGUGAAACGGAUGUAGAUGAGUGUCUGUCAAACCCAUGUCACUACGGCACCUGUAAAGAUGGCCUGGCAUCCUUCACCUGUUACUGCCGUGCAGGUUACACAGGCCGUCUGUGUGAGACCAAUAUUAAUGAGUGUCUGAGUCAGCCGUGCCAAAAUGGAGGCACCUGCCAGGAUCGUGAGAACGCUUACUUAUGUGUCUGCCCCAAAGGAACAGCAGGUGUGAACUGUGAGAUCAAUCUAGAUGACUGUAAGAGUAAUCCAUGCGAUUAUGGAAGGUGCAUUGACAAGAUCAAUGGUUAUGAGUGUGCCUGUGAACCAGGAUACACAGGGAAAAUGUGUAAUAUCAACAUUGAUGAAUGUGCCAUCAACCCCUGUCACAAUGGUGGAACCUGCGUUGAUGGAGUCAAUGGCUUUACAUGUUUGUGCAAAGAGGGCUACCAUGACACUACCUGUCAAUCACAACUCAAUGAAUGCCUUAGCAACCCCUGUAUCCAUGGACAUUGUGAAGACAAAGUCAAUGGAUAUAACUGUAUUUGUGAUUCGGGCUGGAGUGGCAUCAACUGCGACAUCAACAACAAUGAAUGUGAGUCCAACCCCUGUAUGAAUGGAGGCACCUGUAAGGACAUGACCAGUGGCUACGUCUGCACAUGCCGUGCUGGCUUCAGUGGUCCUAACUGCCAAACUAAUAUCAAUGAAUGUGCCUCCAACCCUUGCUUGAACCAAGGAACCUGCAUUGAUGAUGUGGCCGGAUACAAAUGCAACUGUUUGCUACCUUACACUGGUGAGAACUGUGAGACCCUGUUGGCCCCAUGCAGCCCUAAACCCUGUAAGAAUGGAGGUGUAUGCAAGGAGUCAGAAGACUAUGAGAGCUUCUCUUGUGUGUGUCCUGAGGGAUGGCAAGGCCAAACAUGUGAGGUUGACAUCAACGAAUGUGUCAAAAACCCUUGUCAAAAUGACGCCACCUGUCAGAACUCUUUUGGCAGCUACAAAUGCACUUGCAAGUCAGGCUACACGGGCCACAACUGUGAGACAGACAUUGAUGACUGCAAGCCCAACCCCUGCAGCAAUGGCGGCUUCUGCAAAGACAGUGUGAACACAUUCACCUGCACCUGCCUACCAGGUUUCCGGGGCACCAGAUGUGAGGAGGACAUAAAUGAAUGUGACAGUAACCCGUGUAAAAACGGUGCAAACUGCACUGAUUGUGUAAACAGUUACACCUGCACCUGUCCAGCUGGCUUCAGUGGGAUCCACUGUGAGAACAACACACCAGACUGUACGGAGAGCUCUUGUUUUAAUGGAGGCACUUGUGUGGAUGGAAUCAACAGCUUCACUUGUCUAUGCCCAGCGGGGUUCACUGGCAACUACUGCCAGCAUGACAUCAAUGAGUGCGACUCUAGACCCUGCAUGAACGGAGGCACCUGUCAGGACAGCUAUGGAACAUACAAGUGCACCUGCCCUCAGGGCUACCAUGGCCUCAACUGCCAGGAGCUGGUGAACUGGUGUAAGCCCUCUCCCUGUAAGAAUGGAGGGAUCUGCAGACAGAGCGGCACCAGGUAUAGCUGCCAGUGUCAGACUGGCUGGACAGGUCACUACUGUGACAUCCCCAGUGUUUCUUGCGAGGUGGCGGCCAAACAGCAAGGUGUAGACGUGGUUCGGCUGUGUCGUAACUCUGGCCAGUGUUUGGAUGCGGGAAACACACACUAUUGCCACUGUCAGGCAGGAUACACAGGCAGCUAUUGUGAGGAGCAAGUGGAUGAAUGCAUUCCCAACCCUUGCCAGAACGGAGCAACCUGCACCGACUAUCUGGGCGGCUAUUCCUGUGAAUGCGUGCCAGGUUAUCAUGGAGUGAACUGCUCUAAUGAGAUCAAUGAGUGCCUCUCUCAGCCCUGCCAGAAUGGGGGCACAUGCAUCGACCUGAUCAAUACCUACAAAUGCUCCUGUCCCCGAGGAACACAAGGCGUUCACUGCGAGAUCAACAUUGAUGACUGCACACCCUUUACUGACCCAAUCACCCAGGAGCCCAAGUGCUUUAACAAGGGCCGCUGUGUGGACCGUGUGGGUGGGUAUCACUGCACCUGCCCGGCGGGAUAUGUGGGGGAACGUUGUGAGGGUGAUGUCAAUGAAUGCUUGUCCAACCCUUGUGACCCCCGCGGCACACACAGCUGCAUUCAGCUCACCAACAACUACCGCUGCGAGUGUCGUACCGGAUACACAGGUCAGCACUGUGACAAAGUGUUUGAUGGGUGUAAAGGGAAGCCUUGUCAUAAUGGAGGCACCUGCGCUGUGGCUAGCAACACACCUCAUGGCUUCAUCUGCAAAUGUCCACCGGGUUUUACGGGCUCAACAUGUGAGUAUGACGCUCAUGCCUGUGGGAGCCUCCAUUGCAAAAAUGGUGGUACUUGUGUUUCUGGUCACAAGAGUCCCAAAUGCCUGUGCACCCCUGCCUUCACUGGCCCCGAGUGCCAGUAUCCCACAGAUGGCCACUGCACCCCCAAUCCUUGCUAUAAUGGAGGCACCUGCGAGUACACCUCAGAGGCCCCUUACUACCAUUGUAUCUGUCCUACUGGCUUUAAUGGCCUCUUCUGCCACAUCCUGGACUACAGCUUCCCAGGUGGCUCAGGACGAGACAUCACACCUGCUCCAGAAGUGACAGCGAGCUGUGAGAUCGCAGAGUGUGCAAAAAAGAAAGACAAUAAGAUCUGUGACAGCAUGUGUAAUAAUUAUGCCUGUGACUGGGAUGGAGGGGACUGCUCCCUGAACUUCAUUGAUCCAUGGCAGAACUGCUCAGCUGCGCUGCAGUGCUGGCGUUAUUUUAAUAAUGGGAAGUGUGAUGAGCAAUGUCACAAUGCUGGAUGCCUCUACGAUGGGUUUGAUUGCCAGAGACUGGAGGGACAGUGCAAUCCACUUUACGACCAGUAUUGUAAAGACCACUAUGCAGAUGGCCACUGUGACCAGGGCUGCAAUAAUGCCGAGUGUGAGUGGGACGGUCUGGACUGUGCUGACAACAUACCUGAGAAGUUAGCUGUUGGACAACUGGUUGUGGUGGUCCACAUUAUGCCCGAUCAGCUCCGAAACCACUCCUUUGGAUUUCUGCGGGAGCUCAGCCGAGUGCUACACACGAACGUUGUUUUCCAGCAUGACAGCAAGGGGGAAGCAAUGAUCUACCCAUAUUACGGCAAUGACCAGGAGCUGAGGAAGCACAACAUCAAGCGAUCUCUGGAUGGCUGGAGCGAUUUUUCUACUAACGUCUUAAGCUCAGAAAAAAGCAGCAUUUACAAUACAGUGAUGGAACGAGGGAGAAGACGCAGAGAGCUGGAUGAGUUGCAGAUCAAAGGCUCUGUGGUGUACCUGGAGAUAGACAACCGUCAGUGCUACCAGCAGACCUCUGAGUGCUUCCAGAGUGCAAAAGAUGUGGCGGCUUUCCUUGGAGCCCUGGCAUCUAGCGGCAAUCUGAAUAUGCCUUACGUCAUUGAGGCCGUCACAAGUAAGACCGAAGGUAAGUCGCCCAUAGAGCUCUAUCCAGUCUAUGUGGUUCUGGCUGGACUGGCACUGCUGGCCUUUGUCGCUGUGGGAAUGGUCGCAUCUCGCAAACGUCGGCGUGAACAUGGUCAACUCUGGUUUCCGGAGGGUUUCAAGACCAGCGAGCCCAGCAAGAAGAAGAGGAGAGAGCCGGUCGGUGAAGACUCUGUUGGUCUGAGGCCACUUAAGAACUCUUUAGACAUAUCAUUAAUGGAUGACAACCAGAAUGAAUGGGGAGAAGAGGAAGCAUCCGACAUCAAACGCUUCAGGUCUGAGGACCAGGCGAUGCUUGAAUUAGAUAAUCAGCCAGAUCAACGGCAGUGGACGCAGCAGCACUUGGAUGCAGCUGACCUGCGCAUCCCAUCCAUCGCUCCUACACCCCCUCAGGGCGAGAUUGAGAAUGACUGUAUGGACGUCAAUGUUAGAGGACCAGAUGGCUUUACUCCUCUCAUGAUUGCAUCUUGUAGUGGAGGGGGGUUGGAAACAGGGAAUAGCGAGGAAGAGGAGGAUGCUUCAGCCAGUGUCAUCAAUGACUUCAUUUACCAAGGUGCCAACCUCCACAACCAGACAGAUCGCACAGGUGAGACUGCGCUACACCUGGCAGCCCGCUAUGCCCGAUCAGAUGCUGCAAAAAGACUCCUGGAGGCCAGUGCAGAUGCCAACAUCCAGGACAAUAUGGGCCGAACUCCAUUACAUGCUGCUGUUGCUGCAGAUGCACAGGGUGUCUUCCAGAUUCUGAUACGGAACCGUGCCACAGACCUAGAUGCUCGCAUGCAUGAUGGCACCACACCUCUGAUACUGGCGGCAAGACUGGCGGUAGAGGGCAUGGUGGAAGAGCUCAUUAACUGCCAUGCUGAUGUCAAUGCCAUUGAUGAUUUUGGCAAAUCUGCUCUUCACUGGGCAGCAGCUGUGAAUAACGUAGAUGCAGCCAUGGUAUUGCUGAAGAAUGGGGCAAAUAAAGAUAUGCAGAACAAUAAGGAGGAGACUCCUCUAUUCUUGGCAGCAAGGGAAGGAAGCUAUGAGACUGCUAAAGUUCUCCUUGAGCAUUUCGCUAAUCGGGAAAUAACAGAUCAUAUGGAUCGACUCCCACGAGAUAUCGCUCAAGACAGGAUGCACCAUGAUAUCGUGCAGCUCAUAGAUGAGUACAACUUGGUCCAUAGCCCUCCCAUGCACAGCGCCCCUCUCUGCACCACCAUAUCCCCACCUCUCUGCUCUCCCAACGCCUUUAUGGGCAGCAUGAAACCCGCCGUACAGAAUAAGAAGCCCCGCAAGCCGAGCGCGAAAAGCAUUGGUUGCAAGGAUGGCAAAGAUAUGAAAGCCAAGAAGAAGAAGGCACAAGACGGGAAGGGAAACUUGCUAGACAGCUCGGCUGUGCUCUCGCCCGUGGACUCCCUGGAAUCGCCCCACGGGUACAUUUCUGACGUUGCCUCCCCACCUCUAAUGACAUCGCCAUUCCAGCAAUCACCUUCCAUGUCGCUUAAUCACUUGCAAGGCAUCUCAGACACCCACAUGGGCGUCAACCACCUGGGUAUGGGCAACAAGCAGGAACUGGCACAUAUACAGUUUGAUCCGUUACCCCCACGUCUCACCCAUCUGCCAGUGGCUGGUUCUAACGGAUCAAAUGGCAUGAAUGGCCAAUGUGAGUGGCUUGGCCGGAUGCACAGUAAUAUGGCUCCGCAAAAUCAAUUUGGGGCCAUGAGGAACACCUCAGGUCACCAAUCUGGCCAGCAUGGCCUUAUGACAUCUCUCCACAAUGGCCAUUCCACCACCCUGUCUCAGAUGAUGAACUAUCAAGGCCUGCAGAACACACAUCUCGCCACACAGCCGCGUCUAAUGCAGCCGCAGCAAAUGCAGCAGAUGCAGCAGAGCAUGCAACAGAGACAGCAGCAGCAAUCAAGUGUCCAGCUGCAGCAGCACCACAGCUCAAAUCCACCCAACAGUAUGAGCCAGAACUUCAUCAGCAAUGAGUUGAGUGGUCCGGAGCACCAGCAGGGCACCGGAAACAGCAUGCCCAUCCACACGAUAAUCCCCCAGGAGACCCAGCUGCUGAACCCGUCCUCUCUGGGAUCCAGCAUGGCUGGCACACAGUUCCUCACGCCACCUUCCCAGCACAGCUACACAGCCACCAUGGAUGCCAACACGCCCAACCACCAACUCCAAGUGCCUGACCACCCUUUCCUCACGCCCUCUCCGGGUUCACCUGACCAGUGGUCCAGCUCCUCGCCCCAUUCCAAUAUGUCUGACUGGUCGGAGGGUAUUUCAAGCCCGCCCACCAGCAUGCAGUCGCAAAUCGGACACAUACCGGAAGCAUUCAAAUAGGUCAUUAAAAGUGGUGCACUUUCAAAUGCGAAAACCAUAAGCCUGCUUACUGAAGGGUCUUUUAUUUGCCUGUUGUCUAACCACAUUUUUUUUUUUUUUUUUUUUUAAUUUAUUGAAGUUUUCUUAUUUAUACUUUUUCACCUGUUUUUAUUUUUAUUUGGGCAAAAAAAAAUAAUAAUUCUUGAUGAAAUGACAUUUUUUGAUGUAAUGCUUAUGCUUUUUGUCAAUAAUAUCCUGUACUGGGGGUCUGGGUAGCUCAGCAAGUACUGACGCUGACUACCACCCCUGGAGUCGCAAGUUCGAAUCCAGGGUGUGCUGAGUGACUCCAGCCAGGUCUCCUAAGCAACCAAAUUGGCCCGGUUGCUAGGGAGGGUAGAGUCACAUGGGGUAACCUCCUCAUGGUCGCGAUUAGUGGUUCUCGCUUUCAAUGGGGCACGUGGUAAGUUGUGCGUGGAUUGCGGUACCAUGGCAUGAGUACCAUGAGCCUCCACAUGCUGGGAGUCUCCGCGGUGUCAUGCACAACGAGCCACGUGAUAAGAUGCGUGGAUUGACGGUCUCAGAAGCAGAGGCAACUGAGACUUGUCCUCCGCUACCUGGAUUGAGGUGAGUAACCAUGCCACCACGAGGUCCUACUAAGUAGUGGGAAUUGGGCAUUCCAAAUUGGGAGAAAAGGCGAUUUACUUAUUAUUUUUUUUAAAUAAAUAUCCUGUACUCCCAUGUACACACAGGGUAUUUAUUGGUCUGAAAAUUUGCCUCUUUCUUUAUUUCUGUUGAUUGGCCAUUAUUAUUAUUUUUUUAUUAUUAUUAUUAUUAUUUUUUUUUUACUCUUGUUGUAUAAGCUUUUAAAAAUGCAAUGUUCUUGUAUGGGCAUUUUAGAGAGCAUGUUUUAUAUGACAAACUUCAGUGUUACAAAGCUCAGUUAGAUUUAUGUUUUCUGAAACAAGCUGCUUUUCCGUUAUUAGAAGAACAAGUUCUUAAUUCAAGUUAUUAUUUCUGAUAUCUGUUCUGGUUAGGUUCUCAUUCUUUUGUGUUACAAGGUCUAUACUACAAAUAUGUAGUGGUAUUAAUAUUAAACAUAUGUAUAGUUGUUCAAAGUGAUUUUCGUUCUUCCUUUCUUUUACAUAAAAUGCCUGCAAAAAGCAGACUGCUAAACACCCACUGUGAGUGUGGUUGUAAAAGUGAGGAUCUGAGCUACUUACAGGUAAUAAUUGAUGUCGACUUGUAUGAAACAAGUGCCAAUUUCAAGUGCUUUGUAUCUUUCCUCCAAUUUUGUAGAACUGGUCACAUGGCCAAAAGUGUCUGGGGUUUUGUGGAGGUGUUUCAAAUUGAACUUCUCUUUACUGUACUUCCAGUUUUGUAUCUUCGUUUGAGCCUAUGGCUGUUGUAAAUAGAUAUACUGUAUGCGUUUGUCAUGUAAACAGGAUUUUGUUUCAGAAAUCUUAAGUGUGCCAUGGAAAUUUGGAAUAUUUUAAUGCUACGUACAGUAGUUAUGUUUUCUAUCCUGCACAAAAAACAAACAAAAAAAUUUCUCAGUAUCACUGGGGUAGAGACAAAUAUUAAGAGAUGUAUACACACAAAUGAUUAAAGGAUAUGACAAAUAGAAUAACAUAAUUAGAUGAUUUAUGACUCACUAUUUAUUGACCAAUAGUUUGCCACAAAAUCAGAAAAACAAGUCGCUCUAAGGGGCAUGGUGGUGGCAUAUAUUAUCCUUUUUAAGCCACAAGAAAUUUGAACAGCACUGAGUAUAUAAUAUCUGUAAAUGUUACCUAACAAACUUGUAGUUUACAUGCAGAGUAUUUUCUAUCCGUUCUACUGUCUGUAAAUAUUUCUUUGAAUAAUAAAAGAUACCAAUGUGUA